UGUGGACCAUGUAAAGCAAUCUUAAGUACGUUCAGGAGAUUGAAAAUGGAAUUUGGGGAAGAGCUGUUACAUUUUCACACAGUUCAAGCUAGCCUCAUUCCAUUGCUACAAGGAUUUGAUGGAAAAUGUGAACCUGCCUUCUUGUUUAUUGUGGCUGGUAAGAUCGUGGAUUAUGUAAAAGGUGUCAAUGCACCAGUUAUUAUUAGAAAGAUUAUUGAGUAUUUGGAGAUGGAAACUGAAUACUACGAGAAAGGAAUAGAACGUCAAGAUGCGACCACACUGAUGGACAUGCAUGGCGUCUUCUUACACCGGCUCCAGCUUCCGUUUUGUUCCAAACCAAACACUGGUAUAUAUGAAUGACGGGAAGGCAGACUACCUUAUUAAUAUGUAUUAGAUACUCU